GUAAGCUUUGAGCCGCUGGGAAUUACUUUUUUUUCUUUCGUGAAAUAAGUUGUUGACUAUAAUUUGUGGUAAAAUGGAAACGAUCAUACUUUCAACGAUCAUAGCUGUUCUUUGCAUUUUCGUGGAAUCUGUUUUUGGUGCAGCAUACCCUUUUGAGCAACCUACAAAACAGGAAUGUAUAGACAUGAUGCCAUCGUACUUUCAAACUAGUCCACAGAAAACGACGAAUCGUCCAUUCAAAAUUAAAGUCACCGAUAACAUAUAUCAGCAGACUGCUGUUAAAGUUACCAUAGAACGACUAGACAAUUUUCCGAUAAAAGGAUUAAUACUUCAAGCCAGGAGGGCCAAGUGUGAUGUAGCAAAUCAGAAAGAACCAGUAGGAAAAUUUUACCUAGCCGGUGAAAAAAUACUGCAACUUUUUAACUGUUCAAGGAAAGACGAUACUGUUGUAAAUCGGGCAUGGAUACCAAUAGAAAGAAACCUAGAAGUACAUUGGAGUAGCAAUAAUAUAGACUUUGGACGAGUAUAUUUCAUAUGA